AUGCAUGUGGUCUUUGAUGAGUCAGCUUUUUCACUCACAAGUUCUACUGCUCCUCCUGUGGCAUCUAGUGUUAUUCUUCCAAAAUCAAGGUCUCUUGAGCUUGUUGCAGAUGUUAUCAAGUUGCAAGUUUGUAGUGAUGAUGUGUGUGUUGAGCCAGUUACCACUAGUUUGAUGGAGGACUUAGUUCAUAAAGAUGUGACUGGGGUAGUUGAGGGUGAGUCCUCAAGCUUAAAUUUUGAGGUUGAUCAGAAUGUUACAACUGAUGGUGGUGAUGUUGAGCAUUAUAGUGAAGAGUUGAAUACACGUGAGUGUGUAGAUUCAAAUGCAAGAAGUGAUGUUGAGGCUAUGGUGAAUCAUCAUCCAACGCUUACGAUAAGUAAAUAUGGUGUUUUCAAGCCCAAGGUGUAUUCUUUUACUUAUGAUACAAUUAAACCUGUUAAUGUGCAUGAGGCUCUUCAGUCUCCAUAUUGGAAGAAUAUUGUGUAUGUAGAACUUGAAGCCUUGAGGAAAAAUUGUACGUGGUCACUUGUUCCAUUGCCUGAAGGAAGGGGUUGGCAGUUGCGUGAGGCAAAUGUGAAUAAUGUAUUUUUGCAUGGAGAUUUGCGCGAUGAUGUAUUCAUACAGCAACCACCUGGAUUUGAACAGAGGGCUCCUGAUGGUACUGUGUUGAUUGAAGAAGUUGUGAAACUGUUGGGCGAUGAGAUUGCUCUAAAGGAUCUUGGUGAGCUUAGAUUCUUCCUUGGCAUUGAGGUUAAACGGUGUGGUGAGGCGUUGAUUCUUAGUCAACGCAAGUUCAUCUUGGAGUUGUUGAAGAAAACCAAGAUGCACAAUGCUAGGGUUGUGUCCACUCCAAUGCUAGUGACAUUGAAAAUUACACAUGAUGCUGGUGAUCUACUCUCUGACACGUAUGAAUAUCGUAGUAUUGUAGAGGCACUUCUAUAUGUCUUCCAUACACGUCCAGAUAUCUCAUUUAAUGUUAACAAGGUGGCACAAUAUAUGCAUGCACCAAGACAUAAGUAUUUUGUAACUGUUAAAUGA